AUGUAUACUCCAGUUCAGAUUGGUACACCAACCAGUUCGGGUAGUAACAGAUCUAGACAACAAAGAUCGGGAUCUAAUAACCAAAACACACUGUUUGGCAGUAAUAGUUCAAAUCAAGAUACUGGUAGAAGCCAGUCUAAUCCUAACUCAGCUAAUCGGAACGGUUCAACACAUAAUAAUAGCAAUAUGAGUAGUGGUCCAAGCGGUUUCAGCUCUUUGCUAACAUCUUUUGGUAUUAGGCAUAACAGUAACAAUAAUAGCAAUAAUGCCAGUACUAAUACGGUCAAUAACAAUAACAUGAGUAACAGUAAUCAAGGAACGGUAAACCCAACUACUUCUUCUUCCAAUGUAGUCACACAAACAGCAGGCAACGCUAGAAGAUUAACAGGUGAUCUUAACAAUGGCAGGUCAAGAACUGCUAGUAAUGAAGGCACCAGCAUUACUUUAACUUCUAGGCAACAACAACAUCAACAACAGGUACAACUACAAAGACAAAUACAAAACAACAUGAGCAAUAAUAAUGUUGCAUCAAGUUUAAGAACACGAAAUCAUGACAACUGCCAUCUUCCAAUAUCACUUUCCUUAUCAUCCCAACGCGAACAAGCUCAGGAUGCCACAAAUGCAAAUUUGGACGGUCAUCCUGAGACAGAAUCUUCUAACAAUGCUGAAGAUAACAUGGUAAUAGAUUUAACUGAACCUGCAAAUGAGGACUUAAUACAAGGACCUGGCAAUAAUAACAACCCGUUUUUCCAACACUCGAAUGAUCCCGCAAGACAUGAUACUAAUGUUGAGAGCACAAGUAAUAGUUUUCAAAAUAUGAGAAAUACUGUUCACAAUGGUGAACAAAAUGCUUCACUUAAUGUCAACACAAGUAUCAACAAUCAUAACAAAAACUUAAGGCAUUAUGUUUAUGGAGCAGAUCAAGUAAAUGCCGACGAGUUGUUGAAUCUACAGCUUCCUACUGAUAAACCUGGACCUGAAGCUGUAGAUGAAGAAACUGUUAGGAAGAGAAAAGAUAAGAAUGGCUUUUUUAGCCUUCGACUAACACCUUUUGUUGAUUCAUCAUCAGGUACAAAUCAAGGAUUAUUUUUUGAACCUGUAAUUAGAAAGGCUGGCCCUGGUUCACAACUAGUAAUAGGACGUUAUACUGAACGGGUUCAUGAAGCCAUAUCUAAGAUUCCCGAACAGUAUCAUCCUGUAGUAUUCAAGUCAAAGGUGGUGUCUAGAACACAUGGCUGCUUCAAGGUUGACUCUCAAGGUAACUGGUUCAUACAAGAUAUUAAGUCCUCCAGUGGUACUUUCUUGAAUCAUCAAAGAUUGUCUCAGGCAUCCACUUUAUCCAAAGACGUGCUAUUGCAUGACGGUGAUAUACUUCAAUUGGGUAUGGAUUUCAGAGGUGGUACCGAAGAAAUAUAUCGUUGCGUGCGUAUGAGAGUUGAAUUAAACAGAUCAUGGAAAUUAAAAGCUAAUGCAUUUAAUAAGGAAGCUUUGCAAAAGAUGAGAAAACUACAGAAGAUGACAACUGGUUCAGAUGAAGAAGAUUGCUCUAUUUGUCUAUCAAAAAUUAAGCCAUGUCAAGCUAUUUUUAUAUCACCCUGUGCACACACAUGGCAUUUCCGUUGUGUGAGAAGGUUAGUCAUGUUAGCUUACCCUCAAUUUGUUUGUCCAAACUGCCGGUCAACAUGUGAUUUGGAAGCAUCCUUAGAUAAUAGUGAUUCAGAAUCAGAGAGUGAUUUAGAUAGUGAAGGUGAUGAGCUAGUUGAUCAACUAAACGGAUUACUGGAUCAACAAAAAGAUAUCAGCAUCACUUAA